AUGAAUAGUUUUAAUAAGGGGAGAGGGCUAUUCAAUUUAACUAAACUUGACUGUUCCUUUGAUAUUAGAAACAAUAAAUUCUUCAAAUUAAUAGUACCAACAGUAUUUUUAUGUCUGUUAAUCUAUGGAAGUUGGGCCUUCAUUCAUAAAUUAUGCAUCAAUCAGUUAUAUCAUAGAAGUGGCAAAAGAGCCACAGGGAUUGCUUUGAUUGUUACACAUGGUUGUUUACUAGUGGUUGAUUUUUAUAUAUGGUUUCUAAUUGUAUCCUAUGGGCCAGGUAUUCAACCCAGGGUUCCUACCUUUGAACUAAUAGAUGACCAUAAUGAAGAGACUAAUGAAAGGGUAAUACGGCCUCCACAUAUCUACGAAUGCAAUGUCCAGGGUUAUCCAAUAUGGUGUCCUUAUUGUGGUUCGGUCAAGAUAUUUAGAUCACAUCAUUCAAGAUCAACCCAUGCAUGUGUUCCCAAAUUUGAUCAUUAUUGUUCUUGGUUGGGGUCAGUGAUUGGGCAAGAUAAUUAUAAAAUGUUUCUUCAAUUUUUGAUAUAUGCCACUAUUACAUUUGGUAUUAUGUGGAUAUCUACUAUAAUUUGUUAUUUAAAAUAUUUUCAACAACGAAAUCAUGAUGGAAAUUUGGUGACUAUUGUAAUACUUGCAGGUUUGGGAUUUUUUUUUACUACUGGACUAUUGGGAUCUCAUAUUUAUUAUAUUAUAAGCAAUAAUUUGAGAUCCAUUGAUGUAAUGGGUAUGAAGACUCAAGUGAUGAGAAAUAAGGUUGUUUUCAUUUCUAUUUGGGACGAAGAAUUGAGGAAACGAUUCAUAAUCGAAAUCACAAGAGAACAAUAUUAUCAUUUCUGGGAUAUCGGAUCACCUUAUGAAAAUUUGAAAGAUGCAUUCGGGUAUAAUAUGUUAACCUGGGUAAUUCCAAAUAUAUAUUGUAACCGACAUGAGUCCGUAUUGCAAGAUGAGCAUCCUGAAAUUUUAGAAAGCAUAUUAGGUCAGUAUAAUGUCAUAGUCAAUAAACAAUCGAUAGAAAUGAUGAAAGAUAAAGUAAGAAGAGGUGAGUAUGUUUGUAUAAUGGAUGCAUAUGGUGAUAAUGAUAAAUAA